AUGGCUUCCAAGGCCAUGUGGGAGGUUGAUCCCGAGACGCGCGCCAAGCUAGCCGCGAUUCAAAAGGAGGCCAAGAACAACGUCUGCUGCGACUGCAACGCACCAUCCCCGCAAUGGGCCUCCCCGAAGUUCGGCAUCUUCAUCUGCCUCUCAUGCGCCGGUGUCCAUCGCGGUCUCGGUGUGCACAUUUCUUUCGUGCGCAGCAUUUCAAUGGACGCAUUUAAGCAGGUCGAGAUCGAACGGAUGCGCCUGGGUGGCAACGAGAACUGGCGCAACUUCUUCGAACAGCACGAGGACACCAAGAUGAGAGGCAUCUCGUGGGACGACGCGACGAUCGCGGAGCGAUACAGUGGCGAGGUCGGUGAGGAGUGGAAGGACAGGCUUUCUGCCAAGGUCGAGGGCAAGGAGUACGUUCCCGGCGAGAAGAAGCCUGCACCAGCACCGGCGGCGAAGCCCGCCAGCCGAACGGGCACACCUCUCAGCAGCACAAACAGCCGCGCCGCCAGUCCCGGCAGGAAGGUCAAGGUGGACGACAAAUACUUUUCCAAGCUCGGCGCCGAGAACGCCUCCCGAUCCGAAGACUUGCCUCCCAGCCAGGGAGGAAAAUACGCAGGAUUCGGCAGCAGCCCCAUGCCCGAGAAGAAGGAAAGCAGUAUCCCGACCGUGGAUGAUUUACAGAGGGAUCCAGUGGCUGCUCUGACCAAGGGGUUCGGCUGGUUCACAACCACCGUCUCCAAGACGGCCAAGACGGUCAACGAUGGCUACAUUCAGCCCACAGCGAAACAGCUUGCCGAAUCCGACUUUGCAAAGCAAGCGCAGAUGGCGGCGGCCAACGCGGGCCGCGUCGCGCAGCAGGGUGCCCGCAAUGCCCAUGACGGCUUCAACCGCUUCGUCGAGGGCGGUCCCAGCCAAGGGGGCCAGGGCGGGGCGUCGAGACAGGCGCCGUUGGAUGAGAGCAAAAAGGACUUUUGGGACAGCUUUAGCAGUCUGGCGGACCAGAGGCAGACGCAGAGCGGUAGUUCGAUUGGUACGUCUGCUAUGGGCAAGAAGACUGGAGGUGCUGCGGCACCGGCUGCGAAGAAGGACAAUGAUGGAUGGGAGGAUAGAGUUGAGCGAAGCGAACUUCUCAAAGCCGAGAUGCCUUCAUGUGAGGGCGGGACUUCCAAACGAGCACAUCGACCAAAAAUGAGAAGCUUCGGGAUUAUGAGCCUGCAAGUCGGCGUCUACGCUCGAAUGACCGAAAAGGGCUUACGGUGGGGCGGUGACCCGAGGUUAGCCGGUAUCGCUAACGACGGAGGUCCCAUUUUCCCCAGUGACGACACGGACCUUGACCAUUGA